UCCUCCCAUCCCUACAAACGUACCCUCCUCCCGUCUCUUAAAACGUAACCAAAAUUCGAUCAAAAUAAAUUUGGAAUAUCACAAAAAUCAUAAUUCGCACCUGAAAUAGAAGGAAAAUGCACUUACCUGGCCAUCCCCAGCUGAAGAGAGUGCACUAAGCCAGCGUUUGUAAACGGAAACGAAGUAAUUGGCCAAAAGCGGAGUCAUGGAGGAGAAUAUGUGGAUCAUUGAGUUGGAGUCGGCGCUGCUGGACGACUGCAAUGUCAACGACAUCUACAGCAUUUGCCAGGGAAAAGCCCUGCCGGAGGCCCUGCGUCCGGAUGUGUGGCAGGUGUGCCUGGAUGUGCGCCACAAAUCGGAUCAGAUGUCGCUCUUCAACGAGAUCUACGACCUGCCCUUCCAAAGUCAACUGCGCGAGGAUUGCCAGCGGCACGUCGAUCGCAUGGGCAACGACGAGGAGGACAAGGUCUCGGUGGUCUCCGACCUGGAGUCCAUCAUCACGUUCUAUUGCAAGAACAGAAAUCUACAGUAUGAGCCGGAUAACGGCUGGAUAGAGCUGCUGCUCCCGCUCUUCGCCUUGAAGCUAAAUCGCUCGGAUACCUUCAACCUGUUCGAGUCCAUCCGGGACACCUAUAUACCCAAGGGCUGUCGACCCAAGGGCAAUGUCUUCCACGUUUUCCGGCUGCUCUUGCUCUACCACGAUCCGGAGCUGUGCACUCUGCUGGACACCAAGAAGAUCACACCCGACCUGUACUCGCUGACCUGGUUCCAGUCGCUUUUCGCCUCCUGCAGCAGCCUGUCGGUUAUCAUCGCCAUGUGGGACCUGUACUUCCAGAACGCCGACCCCUUCAUGGUCUUUUUCCUCGCGCUGAUUAUCCUAAUCAACGGAAGGGAGCAGAUCCUGCAGAUGAGGAGCUCGUCCAAAGAGGAGAUCAUUAAGUUCCUGGGCCUUAUGCCGUGUGCCCUGGAAUUUGAUGAUGUCCCCGACUUUUGCUCCCUGGCUCAGUACUAUGCCCUGAAGACACCGACUUCUUUUAAGACAGACUACCUAAAAGCGCUGUACGGAAAGCAAAACGACACGCCGCGCAGCCAGGAGGAAGCCAACAAGGUUUCACAGGCACUGUGCUUGCCCGUCUCCGUUUACGAGCUGGUUGAAAACUCGGCCACAGAAUUUCCCGUGCCGGAUGCAGUUCGAUUCUUUCUCGUGGACUGUCGACCGGCUGAGCAGUACAACGCCGGUCAUCUGUCCACGGCAUUCCACUUGGACUGCAACCUGAUGCUUCAGGAACCGGUCGCCUUCGCCACCGCCGUCCAGGGCCUCCUGACCGCCCAGCGACAGGCCAUCGAGGCCAACUCGAAUGCCGGGGGCGAGCAUUUGUGCUUCAUGGGCAGCGGUCGCGUGGAAGAGGACCAGUACACACACAUGGUGGUGGCCUCAUUCCUGCAGAAGAACACCCACUACGUUUCGCUGCUGACCGGCGGCUAUGCCUCCAUCCACGACUACUUUGGCGACCACAUGGCCGACUGCCUGGAGGAUCACAAUGUGCGCAAGUGCCUCGUCUGCCAGCAGCACAACGUCCAGCAGACAAAAUCAGCGUCGCUUAAGACCUCGGCGCCCUCCUCUACCGACCUGUUUAGCAAGUUCUCCGCCGCCAUGAAGUCAAAGUCUGCGGAGGUCAAAGGAAAACUUCUGGACAUCAUAGUGAAUCCCAGUGCUAAUGGCGGAGCCUCGGCCAGCGGCUCGAACGGCGUGCCAGCUGCGCCGGCCCAGGAACGCCAUGUCAGUGCCAAGGAGAGGAAUGGAAAGCGAUACCGCAAUGUGGCGCCUGUUUUUAGCAUUGACGAUGAGAACGACGACGCCUUGGAUGGGUCGGAGGAGCGGGAUGAUCAACCGCUGGGUGGCGAUGGCAAGGAAAUCGUUAAUCUGAACCAGUACUUCAAGACGGCGGACAUAAUCAACGCCUUCAAGUGCCAGGAAGUGCACAUGAGCGGCUACAUGUACGACAGUCACUUGAUCAUCACGCCCGGCCAACUAGUUGUGCUCCGGGAACUGGGACGCGGUCAGGCGCAGAUAAUGGUGCGACGCCCACUGGCCAGCAUCGUGAAGAUCACAGCCAAGAAACGACACCGCGACCUGAUCACCUUCAAGUACGGAUUCCCAGAUGGCGACGGCCUGCUUAUCACGGACAUGGAUCGCUUUCUUAUCCCAAAUGCCGCCGAAGCAACGUCCCUUGUCUCAAGGCACAUAAUGCAGGUGCUGGAAAAAGCCAAGUAGGAUAAACUGAACAUCCCCAACAUGCUUUUCUUGUUUCCCCUCCUUUCCCGCAUAAAGCUUUAUUUCAUAAACAAUCACACGCGGGCGCUGCUGAGAGCGCUGUAACUAGUUUGUAAUUGGCAAUGUUUUCCUUGUAGUAUCUGACAAAUUGUAGUUCUUAUUGUAAACGAUGGCCUGCAAUUGUAAAAUAGAGCACUCGUUGCAGAGUCCGGAAAUGGAGAAAGUAGAGGAACGUAGUCCCAGAACACAUCGCCAGCAUGCCCUGCCCUUGGCCCAGAUUUUAUAAAUUUCUAAGUGCAAUGAAAGGAAACCUUUACUGAAGCCUUGAGACUUACAACGUGUAAAUGAAGAGAGUAACUAAUAUUUAUUGCAAUUAAACCAAACAAAUAAAACUGUAUUAUAAUCGACACAA